GAAGAUAUGAGGAUCAAUCAGCAUACCAAGCUCCGCAUGGUCGGUGCAAUCCACUCUCCAUGCUUCUAUGCCGACCCCUUCCGGCAGACUGUGCAUGUCUGCCAGGGUUCCGCAGAAGGUGGCACGCACGAGCGCGCUGCAUUGUAUCUAGGCGCCUUUUGCCCGGAGGCACGGAGUCCUUGACUCCCACACGGAAACGCGCCUUGGCCGAGGGAACGGGCACCGGAGGCGCUCGCCUCGCACACGUCUGAUGGACAUGACGAUCUGCCGACGUGACGACCUCGACUAGUCCUCGUGACUCAUGUCGCGCAAUUGCAAUUGAUUGACAUCCAAAUGAUCCUUCGGGAUCUUGCAUGGUUGUCCAUGGCAGCGGCCUCCGACAAGUCGGACUUGGCACGCAGCUGUUCAUUAACAGCUUGCUUUCGCUAUUGGCGAACACGUAGCACUAGGCGAGCACACGCGAUAUGGACCUCGUGCUGCAUUUGUAUUGUCCUCCCGCUCUCGAGAAUAUCACAGUCUAUUCUUGGUGUUGGCUUCACCAGAUGCUGCCUACACUUAGGUUCCAGCCCGCGGAACCUUGGAAUCACGAUAGAUUCUGCAUACAACAGCGGGAGCGUCGAAGGCGUCCAGCAACACAACGCUGGUCUGGCGUCCUUGUUCCGCCG